AUUCCGCGCAUGGCCCAAGAGUAUGGUUUUGAAUAUGAACUAAUCACAUACAAAUGGCCUACUUGGUUGCAUAAGCAGAAAGAAAAGCAGCGAAUAAUUUGGGCGUAUAAAAUUUUAUUCCUGGAUGCCAUCUUCCCCCUUUCCCUGGAGAAGGUCAUUUUUGUAGAUGCUGAUCAGGUUGUUAGGGCUGACAUGGGAGAACUAUAUGACAUGGAUUUAAAAGGAAAACCUCUGGCAUAUACUCCAUUUUGUGACAACAAUAAGGAGAUGGAUGGAUACCGGUUUUGGAGACAAGGUUUCUGGAAGGAUCAUUUGCGGGGAAAACCAUAUCAUAUUAGUGCUUUGUAUGUUGUUGAUCUGACGUAUUUCAUAAUUCAUAUACAUACAAAGACUUCAACCUUCCUCUAAAGAAAAAAACUAGAUAAAUGGCAAGGCCAUAAAAGAUCAACAAUAGCCUUUUACACUUGUCAUGCCUGGUCCAUGAUACUUGAGCUAACAGCAUCUUCUGUGCUGGAGUCCACAUCUGUUUCAAAUGCUGACAGUUCAUCAAGAAUUGCAAAUUCUGAAACUUCCGAGAGACUGCAGCUGGAGAUAAUCUCAGAGUUUUCUAUGAAACCCUUAGCAAGGAUCCAAAUAGUCUAUCCAACUUGGAUCAGGAUCUUCCUAAUUAUGCUCAGCAUAAUGUGCCCAUUUUUUCGGCUAUGGUGUGAGUCAUGGUGUGGUAAUGCUACAAAAUCCAAGGCAAAAACAAUUGAUCUCUGCAACAAUCCCAUGACAAAAGAACCCAAACUUCAGGGUGCUAGACGAAUAGUAUCUGAGUGGCCAGACCUUGAUUCGGAGGCAAGUAGAUUCACUGCACGAAUCUUGGGUGAUGAUCAAGAACCAACACAAACACCUGACCAGUCUAAGGAUUUGACAAGUGAAGAUUCAUUGAAAGAAGACUUGGUAUCCAAGGCCGAGUUGUGAACACAACAGACAGAAGUGUUCUGAAAGGAUCUGUGAUCUUUGAUGCAGUUGGCAGUGGCACCACAUUAGCAUCAUGGUACAUUUAUUACCAAGGAGGGCCUGGCUGAUAUCUUGGCAUGCCGCCAAACACAAUAACAACAGUUAAACGCAUUGAAGAUUUGCCUUCUCUGUUGCCAUUUCCAGGUUCAAAAAGAAUAUUUUGGUUAGAGUGAAAAGUUAGUAUAUUCUGAUAUUGACUGACGCCCAUUUCAGACUGGUAUCCAUGCCAUUUAAUCUCAUGAAUCUGAUACCUUGGCCAACCUACGCCCAUUUUUGUUCUUUUCAAGAAUAACCGAAUACAAUAGGGAGGAAUACUGGAGUUUAGCAAUGCCAAAUAUAUAUAUGAGUGAUAGUGUAAUUUGAUUUCAUAUUAAGCUGAAAAAAGAGUUGAUCUAAACAUGCUAUAAGGAGGAAAGACUCCUUUGUUUGAUUUGUUUUCCUCCCCAUCUAACCUCAUUGUUUAACUCCUUUACAAAUCAAAGCAUGUCCUUUUUAUCAAAAAAAUUGAGAACCAAAUGUCGGUUAGAUCAUUUUAGAGAAAAUAUUACAAAUAAAGUGAAAUUAUGAUUAUAUCAACAUCUCA